GUUUAUUUUCAAAUUUAAAACGUAGUGUAAAGUAAAUAUAUAUAGCUUGACUGUAUUUACUCCAAUGAUGGCGCUUGUAAAUACGAAGAAACGUCGUUCGGUAAUUUUUCAUACAGAAAAUCGUUGGCCUUGGCUACAUUUUGGAGUCACGUAUUGUACGAAUCGUGACGUCAUCAAGCUCUCAUAUAUUCGCAUUGGCGGGCAAAUAAGAUCUUAUAAAACUCGGGCGCUUUUUGAAAAGACAAGACACAGUACAUGUCAUUGGCGAGUCAAGCAUAUAUAUAGUUAGAUCAUUCACUAUAUAUAUAUGCAUGCAGUGGUGGUAACUGUCGAAUAAAUUGGACGUGCUUUAGCAGGUCACAAAGGAAUCUCAUAUUGUAUAGGGACACGUGUAUAAGGUAUAAAUCUCUUCUUUUGUGAGCCAUUGUCCAGUAUUGUUGUAUCAAGAUAGAUAAAUAUAUGACAUGCAAUCAGGACAUAUCUUGUAUGAUUUAUUGUAUUUAUAGUGUACUGCAUGGGCUUGUUGUUCAAAGCUAAAUUAUAGUGCUAACCUUGAUGGCAAGUUCUUUCGCUGCUUUGGUUUGGGUACAUUUGCAAAUUUAUUUAUUUCAAAACCUUAGAAAAUAACACGUAUAUUGCCCCAGACAAGAAUUCUGGAAAAACAACCCAUUUGUAGAAAUUUUCAAGCUAUCCGCGGCUUUUGAACCGAUCGGCCCCUGGGGUUAUUUGAACUCCAGAGAAUAAAACUGACUCCGCCUUGAUACUGAUCCACACAAGAUUUCUACAGAAUGCAAUAGCAUGUAUGAGAAGUUUGCUUUGAAUUUUAAGUUAACUUAGGGUUAGCUUAUGUCGGCUUGAAAUUCGGAACAAUCGACUCCUGAAUCCGGGCUUAAAUAAACAAUGGUUAUAGUCCAUGCUGAUCUAUAAUGCGCGUUCUCUUGCAUAUUGGCCUGACUCUCUAAAGCAUUCUGACGCAUGUAUAAAAAACUAUAGUAUAUAGCAGUAUAACCUGUGUCCUUUAUGUGAGCUGCUCAUUAUUCAAAUAGUCUGACGAGUUCUACAACAUUCAUAGUUUCGUUGGCUAUAUUGCGGUAUAGCAAACUUCAAGAUAGAGAACUUUAGAUUCGCUACGGCUACGAACUGAUCUGGUACGGCUACGAGAUUUUUUCCGUUAAAUAUCUGCUACUACAGCGGACUUUUUAUCGUCCUUUCUUUUGCAUACCACAUCUUUAUAGCAACAGUUGCGCCAAACCACGUACUAUUAUAAGUUUCUAGUAGCUGAUUUUUAAUGGAAAAAAUCUCGUAGUCGUACUAGAUUUCGUAGCCGUAGCGAAUCUAAAGUUCCCUAAUUUCAUGAGGGAAACAGGUCAAUUAGUCACAACUGUUGUUAACGCGUAUAUACUCAAGGAAAUAUACAAGGAAAAACAUGUAUGCGGUUGGCGAAUUGAUCAAAUUUGGCUUGAUCAAAAUUUUAACUUGAUCAAAAUUUUCUUGAUCAAUAUUUUUUCUAGUAAUUAGUGAAUCAAAUGCGGCUGGCGAAUUGAUCAAAUUUGGGUUGACCAAAAUUUUGACUUGAUCGAAAUUUUCUUGAUCAAUUUUGACUUUAUGAAAAUUUUGAGCAACUUUUCUAAAUCAUUUACUUGAUUUUUAGACUCAACUCCCAAACAACUGACGAAGACCUUCUGGUUAAUUUGAUCAAAAUUGCAUCUUUCCUGCACCAGGUUCAACUAUGGAAAAAUACGAAAACUCGAACGCACUACCGAGUCCAGAGUACGACUUGUACACGGCAGAGUACUUAAGGGCCUUGUUUACCCUGUUGGAUCCCUCGCAAUCCUACCGCUAUCCCGCAACCAACUUGAGUUCCCCGUACAUCCCCACAUACAAAACCCAAGCGAGGCAAUCAGAAGCAAGCUUAGAAGCGAGAAGGCGUUUCUUAAACUUUAAUCAAGUCUACGCUCAAAAUUUUUCACCCUUUAUGAUCGAAGUGUUAAGAAAUCUACCAAGGCAUCGCCGUUUGGGGAGAACAUGUCAUAAUUCACAUAAAAAACGGCUAAAUUCAAAAACCCCCGACUAUUUGGAACUCAAUCGAAGACGGCCAAGUGUGAUUAGGCGAAGUUUGAAAAGCGGCACCAAAUGCUCAUCACCGAGGGAAGCAGUUUUGGAACCAAGUUUUGAAAAUGAUCACGAAAUGAACACCGAGCAAGAAAUCACACCUGUUACCCCUAAUAUUACCCCACAACUUUAUGGUAACUUUAUCCACAAACAUCCACAGUUAUCCACAAAAGAUUCACGGAUUAUGUCCCCCAGUGUACCGAAUUAUCUCCAACCAGAAGCUUCUGUUAUCCCUAAAAGUCCACACUUAUCAACAAACGAUCUCCAAGUUAUCCACAAGGUUCCACAACGAGAACAUCGGAGAUCUCCUAUUAUCCAAAAUACAACACCAUUUACACCCAAGGAAUGUCAACCUGACCACGUGAUGCUACCGAUUACCCCCAAACGGCCUUUUGUAUCCAGUAUUAUGCAUAGUACUGAACAUCAAAAACCUUCUGUUAUCCAAGAGAAACACCGAACGUCCUCGCAAACCACAGAGACAAGUUGCGACCUAACACCAGUGAAUGGUAAAUCCGAUUUGGAUAAAGCAACGCCCGACCAUGGAAACCUAAUAGAAACUGAAAAUCCCCAACAACGCAAUUCAUUAUCGGUUGAUUCUACCACGAACCCCAUUGAACAAUCUAGAACUUCGGUCAAAAAUUCCGAUACAGCGAAACCCGACGUUCCAAGCCUUGUGCAAAAUGAAAACAUUCAACCAUCGAAAAAAGAGAAGAAAUAUAAAUACUGUUGUUUUCACUGCAAAAAGCGAUUCCGCUGGUUCUCGCAUUGGCAGGCUCAUGAGAGAAUCCACACAGGCGUGCGUCCGUAUAAAUGUAGCCAGUGCGACCGCUCUUUCACGCGUGGCGAUGGACUGCAGGCUCAUAUGAUGAUCCACAGCACCAAGAAACCGCACCAAUGUUCAAUCUGCUCCAAACUUUUUGCGCGCAAGUCGAUGUUGGAGAAACAUAUUUUGGAACACACCGGAGUUAUUCCGUACAAGUGCGACGUUUGCCAGGACGAGUUGCUGGACCCAGAGAGCAUCGAGGUUCACUUAGCUCAACACGAGGAGCAGAAGAGAUUUACAUGCCAGUAUUGUCAGAGAUGUUUUGUAAACGGACGGAGAUUAGUGAGACACAUCCGAGCUCAUACAGGUAAGAUUUCACUCAUGAUGAUUGUUAAUGAGGGGCUGGUUGUUCAAAACACGAUUAGCUUGACCCUAGGUUAGCAGGGUUGGGGUUAGCCCCUUAGCUGGGAUAAGUUAAGCCCCCACCACACACACUCGCUUGGAGCGCUGGAUACGCCCCAGCAAGUACUGUAAGUAUGUACUUGUGUGAACAUGGGGCAGAUAGCACAGAAAACAAAAUGCUUAAAGACCGUGUCAAGUCCGUUCUGCGCAUCAGUUCUGCUCAUAACAAAGGGGGACCCACAGAUAUAAACAUUGCCCAAAUUUUGCAUCUUUCGAACUUUUUUGAAUUGAAAUGUACGCUAGUUUACCAUUUACAAUUGACCAUUUGCGUAAUAGACAAAAUUUUGAUCUCAACAAGUUUAGACAAAAAUUUCAUCACAGCUUGAAAGAGCAUCACAAAAUUAGUAAUAUUCCAAAGUUUCGUUGCGAAAUGUUGUAAAAUGCGGAUAAUAUAGCCUUGCGAAGUUUGCAAUUUUCAGUCAUUUUAGAUUACAAACGGGGGAUUGACGGCCUCAAAGCGUAUCGGGCUGUCAAUUUCCCGUUUGUAAUCUAAAAUGACUGAAAAUUGCAAACUUCGCAAGGCUAUAUUAUCCGCAUUUUACAACACUUCGCAACGAAACUUUGGAAUAUUACUAAUUUUGUGAUGCUCGUUCAAGCUGUGAUUUUUGUCUAGAUCAAAAUUUAGUCCAUUACGCAAAUGGUCAAUUGCGAACCAGAGCAGUGUUAGACAUUCAGUUAAGGCCAUGUUACACGGCGCAAUUUUUCUUGCAACUUGCAAUGCAAUUCUACGCUUGAGAGAUGUAAAAUUGCCAAAUACGAGUCUUCAUUACACUCCGCUGAUGUUUUCUCAACAUAUCGAAAAUUCUUCACCGAUUUCACUAAUUAACAUCUCUCAAGAGCAGAAUUGCAUUGCAAGUUGCAAGAAAAAUUGCACCGUGUAACAUGGCCUUUAGUAUGUCUUAUUUUACAAAUAUAGAAGUUCAAAAUGUAAACAAAUCCGAUUUGUUUACAUUACGGACUUGUCAUGGUCUUUAACAAUUUAUCAAUUUUAUUUUCCAGGAGAAAAACCGUUCCCUUGUUCUCAAUGCAAGAUGCGAUUCAGCAAGAAAAGUGCGCUGCUCAUCCAUCAUCGCGUUCACACGGGCAUCAAACCUUUCUCUUGCCCAGACUGCGGAAAAUGCUUUUCAAUUUCUGGAAAUCUGAGACGACAUUUACUGGUUCACACCGGAGAACGUCCAUAUCCUUGCGAGAAAUGCAAGAAAAGGUUUAACAACAAGAGUCAUCUCGCGAGGCACAUUUCCAGCCAACAUGGGAAUUAGUGAUAUCACGUGACCAAAAAGCAAAAUCACGUGACCAAAAAGCAAAAGCACGUGACCAAAAAGGCAAAGCACGUGACCAAAAAGCAAAAUCACGUGACCAAAAAGCAAAAUCACGUGAUCAAAAAGCAAAAUCACGUGACCAAAAAACAAAAGCACGUGAUCAACACUGAAGGUAUCUGAUACAAAUGUGUAAGGAGUUUGAGGAGAACAUGAAAUGAAGUUGAAAUAGCAGAAUAAACAGCUCAGAUAAGAACGUGAAAAAAAGACUGAAUUGAAGCAUUAUGAACAGGCAAUAAAGUCAUCUUGAAAGAAACAUUGAAUAAACAAAAGAAUAAACAACUCUGUUUUUACAAGUGACUGAGUUGAACCAGCAUGAAAUGAAUAAAAGAAUACAAGAUAAAAUUAGAAUGAGACAAUUAUGAACAAUUAAGAACUAAUAAGUGAUACUGACAUAAAAUUAGCCUGCGAACAGGCUCUUUGAAUUGAAUUAGAGAGUUCAAAGAGAGUCUGUUCGCAGGCUAACAUAAAAUAAGUGUAACAUACAGCACUGAACUAUGAAGAUGAGUGUAUUCUUAUCAAAUCUUAUGCACAUUAUAAAGUACUUUAUCCAGACUUAAAUUUAUUUAGUUAAAACCCAAACCAUAUUAGCUGUUUCCAUAGCAAAAAUACUUACUUACUUAUUAAAAUACUUACUUACACACUUGCUUAUAUUGUAAAUAAUUAUAUGUUUGUCUU